GAAUGGGAAAUGAUGGAGGAUAAAGGGCCUCGAGUAGCCGACUACUUUGUGGUUGCCGGCCUCACCGAUUCAUCCAAGCCUCUGGAGGAGGACCUGCACUUCGAUGACACCGGCGCCAAGUCUGUUAAACCCAAAGCCCCCAUCACCGACGUUGCUGUGGUGAUUCGCUCCCUUGGUGAGGAGGUGCCCCCGGGCUUCACCUGCGUGGAGAGCACGCCCUCAGGCCUCUCUGCUGAGCUUAACGGAGCCAGCCUCAGGGGCCCGCAGAUCUUCUUGUGCUACAAGAGAGGCAGGGAUAAGCCUCCACUGACAGAUCUCGGAGUUCUGUAUGAGUGGAAGGAGAAACUGAAGCCUGGAUGCCACAUCGUCCAGACAACGCCCUCAGGUCGUCCCGCCAACAUCAGCAGUUCAUCGUCUCAGCGCAUCUACAUCACGUACCGCCGCGCUCCCAAGAGCCAGCCUCACACCUCCCUGGCUGUGACCGAUGUCUGCGUCCUUAUUCCUGGCAAGGGGGAGAUGCCCCCUCACACCUUCUGCAAGGUGGACAAGAACCUCAACAGCAGCAUGUGGGGGUCCUCGGUCUACCUUUGCUAUAAGAAGUCUCUUGCUAAAGCAAACACAGUCGCAUACAAAGCAGGUUUGCUGUGUAGGUACCCAGAAGAGGACUAUGAGUCAUUCCCACUGCCCGAGUCAGUGCCCAUGUUCUGCCUGCCCAUGGGGGCCAUGAUUGAGUGCUGGCCAGCUCACACCAAGCACUCACUACCUGUUUUUUCUACAUUUGUCCUGACGGGGUCCUCUGGGGAAAAGGUGUAUGGAGCAGCUAUCCAAUUUUAUGAGUCUUACCCUGAGGAGAGCCUGUCGGAGCGUCAGCGCUCACAGCUCGGCCUGCCAAGCUCUGAUUUUGGACCUGAUGGGACCAGAAACAUUUACAACAACAAGAGUAUCUGCUUACUGUCCCACUGGCCCUUCUUCCAGUCCUUCAGGAGCUUUCUCACUUUCCUCUACAGAUAUUCCAUCUCUGGACCACAUGCAGUUCCCAUUGAAAAGCACAUCUCCCACUUCAUGCAACACGUCCCAUUUCCCUCCAUUCAGAGACCACGCAUCCUUGUGCAGUUGUCUCCACAUGACAGUCUCAUACUGAGCCAGCCUGUGUCCUCCCCGCUGCCUCUUAGCGGUGGGAGCCUCUCCACAUUACUACUGAACCUGGGCCCGAAGAACGCCGUCACUCUGCUUGUCUUGGCCGUCACGGAGCACAAGAUCCUGGUUCAUUCCUUGCGUCCAGCGGUGCUCACCAGUGUUACCGAAGCCCUUGUGUCUAUGAUCUUUCCCUUCCACUGGCCGUGCCCGUACAUCCCUCUGUGCCCGCUGGCCCUGGCAGAUGUGCUCAGUGCACCGUGUCCUUUUAUUGUGGGUUUGGACUCCAGAUACUUUGACCUUUAUGUGCCUCCAGCUGAUAUUAGCUGUGUUGAUUUGGACACCAACACCAUCUCCCAGAAAGAUGACAAGAAGGCAUUAACGUGGAAAAUCCUGCCCCGGAGAGCCUGUAAACAUCUUCUGAAUGCCCUGAAUAAGCUCCACCAGCAGCUCACCGAGGGUGGUCAGUUAAACCGCGAUGAUAUGCAGAUGGACCACACAAUGACUGACAGUGAGCUUUACGGAGGGAAAAGCCUUCACACGCUGGAGUUGGAGAUCCAGGAGGCCUUUCUCCGGUUCAUGGCGGCCAUCCUGCGAGGCUACCGCUCCUAUCUGCAGCCCAUCACUCAAGCUCCGUCUGAGAAGACGACAGAUGUCAGCUCGCUUUUUGAUCUACAAGGCUUCGUGAAGAGCAGAGACCGCUCCCACCAGAGGUUUUACUCCCUCAUGACCAAGACUCAGAUGUUCAGUCGGUUCAUAGAGGAGUGCUCCUUCGUUAGCGACAAAGACGCCAGCCUGGCUUUCUUUGACGACUGUGUUGAAAAGUUGUUUACUGGAAGCAAGACUGACAGUGAACGGCCAGAGGACGCCAGGCUGAUUGAGCUGGACGAGUCCCACCGCAGCGAGCACACGGUCUACAUCAACCCUCCAGAGCUGCCUCCUCUUCCUCAGGGAGAAGAACACCCUCUGUGCUACAGCUAUUCUGGGUUCCCUGUGCUGAGAUCUGAGCUCCUGGAUCCACUGGAAGGACCAAAUCCUCUGUCAACAGGGAUUGCUUCACGCCACAGCAGCCCAGCCAGCCCUACAGCCAUCUUUAGACGCUCUAAACAGGAGAUUAAAUCAGCUCAGAAAAUGGCCAAAACGUAUUCUUCUAUGCCUCAAAUGUGGUCUAAGUGUCUGCUUCGCCACUGCUACGGCUUGUGGUUCAUCUGCUUGCCGGCACUUGUCACUAACUGCCACUCGAAGGUGCGAGCUCUGCGCACAGCUUAUGAUGUGCUGAGGAAGAUGCAAGACAAGAAGCUGCAGGCUCCAGAUGAGGUGUGUUACCGUGUUCUGCUGCAGCUGUGCGGUCAGUACAGCCAGCCGGUCCUGGCUGUCAGGGUGCUGUUUGAGAUGAAGAAGGCAGGAGUUCAGCCCAAUGCAAUAACAUACGGGUACUACAACAAGGCGGUGUUGGAGAGCACGUGGCCCUCCACCACCAGAGGAGGCUACUUUCUGUGGGGGAAACUGAGGAACGUGAUCCUCGGUGUCCUCCAGUUCAAGCAAGCAGGGAGGAAGCAGCCGACUCCACACACAGAUACGCAGCUUUCAGACGGCAGUGAUCUCGACACGGCCAGCCACGGCAGCUUAGACAGCACCAAUGACUCUGCCGAGCGCACCUCCAUCGACACCGACUUCACUAAAAUGGACUCGAGUGAUGACGGGUUCAGUACAGGUGGACAGUCGGACCAAGGCUACGACUCGUUGUCCAAAGAGGAGGAGAGGCUGUGCAGCAGAGAGACCGACGCCUCGACCCCGAGGGAAGACAAAGGCCUCAGGCAGCCCAACACUGGCUCCAGAGACAUUUCCAGUCCAUGUAGAGAUGAUCUUCCUUGUGUGGAGAGGCCCAACUCUCUGGACCUGUCUGGUGGACGGGGAUGUGUGAGACUCCCCGUCCCUCUCCUCAGCUCAGCCAGGCCGAAUCAGCUUGGAGCCGACAGACUACACGGAGUGGAGGAAGAGGAGGACACGGAGGCUGAGAGACACAAACGCCUCGUGGAGGGCGGUGUCCACUGCACCACCAGCACUGUAAGGACAGGUAUUGAGAUGGGGUUUGAUCCCUUGUCACAGAUGGUGACAGGGACAGGAAAGGAGUGUGAUAAGGACAUCCACAGCUCGCCCACUGCCAGCCGCAACCUCGUUGAGGAGAUUGAAACCUACAUAAACAACAGCAGCCCCCUGAGCAGCCGCACACCCAGCAUGGACCUACAGAACCCUUCGAGCCCGUUGUUUCGCUCGACCUCGUCUGCUCACACGUCCCCACAGUCCACCGCUCUGGCCCGCUCCAGUACACACCUCUCACUCCCUGUCAAAGCCAAGGAGAGGCUCAGGACGUCACCGUCCCUCCCUCUGGGGAUGUGUAACAAAGACAGGGAGAGGCCUUCCUCCUUGGUUUGGCCAUCGUCGCCUACCCCCUCCACCUCGUCGUUCUCGAUGGACUCGCUGCUGACCCCAACUCUGGACAUCUUCAAGAGCAGCGUCAUAUCAGCAGGGAAGGGUGUGGCAGAGAAGGCGAGUCGCCUCUACUCCCGUCUGUCCUCCCAGACUUCGUUAACGCAGGAUGGAAACUCUGACCGAAUGAGCGUUUCCUCCCUGACGUCAGCAGAAGCUGAAUGCUCCUCGCUGCACGAUAACGACUCCAGUCUGGACCCGCAUGGCUUCACGUCCCCUCAGCACUGCGGCGUGUCCCGGGUCAGGAGAAGCCCCGUCGGCGCUCACCGAACAAACCUGAGCAGCCCGAGCAGCCCCAACAGAGUGUUCAGACACAACUCCUUCUCUGGUGGUUUGGCACUUCCUUCCAAAGCUCCUCACACUCCAGAUUCCUCUCCAGAUGUCAGCCGCUUCCAACCCAGCCCUAAUUACACAGUAGAGGUGCUGAUGUCCAGCUGCUCUCUCUGUAAGACGUGCGACUGUCUGGUGUACGAUGAGGAGAUCAUGGCAGGCUGGACAGCAGAUGACUCCAACCUGAACAGCACCUGCCCUUUCUGUGGAACAGCAUUCCUGCCGUUUCUCAACGUGGAAAUCAAAGAUCUCAGACCACAACACAGGGUUUUGAAGAACAGUAAUCCUGUUAAAGAGGAGGACACGUCUGCCCCUCUCAGCCCUGAGGACAGCGUGUCUGUAGCACCAUCUGCAGCUUCAUCGCAUGAGCAGGACAUCAGCUGGAGCGCCAACAUGCCUGCUCCAGUCCCUGAUCCAGUGACCAUACCCUACCUGAGCCCUCUGGUUCUGUGGAAGGAGCUGGAGAGUCUGCUGGUGAACGAGGGCGACCAGGCUAUCUCCUCCCCGAGCGUCGUCGACCAACACCCCAUCGUCUUCUGGAACCUCGUGUGGUACUUCAGAAGGUUGGAGCUUCCCAGCAACCUGCCGGCUCUGAUCCUGGCCUCGCAGCACUGCGGCCACAGAGACCAGCCUCUGCAGAGCGUUUCAUCUGAGGACAGCAAGCAGGUGCUUGUGAGGACCAUGUGGGACAACCUGAGGUUGCACAAGGACAAACUUCAGCCCUGCUACGUCCUGUGGAACGCACACUGUGCCAACUCCCUGAUCCGCUCUGGGCUGUGUGAAGAAGGCCAGCUCUUCACCGUGGAGCUGCUGCAGAGCUUCGUGAGGAGCAUCAAGAAGAGUGACGUCUAUCAGCCCAUGAGCCAGAUCCUCCAGCUGCUGGGACCCGAGCUGGGCUUCAAGAGACAGAGGAGCCUCUACAGAGAUUUGCUGUUUCUAACUCUCGUGGCUUUGGGGAGGACCAACAUCAAUAUCAAUGCGUUUGACCGUGAGUACAGGUUGGCCUACGACCGCCUCACCUCCAGCCAAGUUAAACUGACACACAACAGUGACCGGCCCCCGGGAGUGGGAGUCAUGGAGUGCCGGGGGACUUUUGGAGAGCCCAGUUUGUGAACAUGCGCUGCUGGACUGCUCUUCUGACUCAGGACUGGCUCAUUGGACUUGUGCACGAAGCUGAUUUUAUUAAGCACAACGGAGAGAGGAAAAAACACUUAAAUGCGAAACAACUGCCACAAGUUUCUUGAACUAUUCAAGCUGAGAGGUGUGAAGGGACGGGCCUGGUGUUUAGAAGUAUAUUGAAAAUCAACCAUAUUUUCAAUAAACCUGUAGUAAAAUGUUUGUACAGUUGUUAUACAGUUGAUGCCUUUAUUCCUGUUGAAGCUGUGAGUACAAAUGAGCCUAAAAUCACAUUGUUGAGGUUUUUGGUGGUCUUGGAGACCUUUUUGGACUGUUGGGUGUGUAAAAUAAUGAUUUGUUUUUAAAUAUGUUUUUACAAAGCACUUUGACGGGAGGAGCACCUAGUUCUCAGAUAUAAAACUUAUCUACUCA